UGUCAAUACUGCGAUGUAGUUGGGAUUUUAUGGCCGGUAUAGGGUAAUACUGUGUAAUUUAAGAAUGUAAUUGGUGCAUAUCGCGAGGAAAGAUUUCUUUCUCCGUGGAGAUGCUAUACAUUUCAUGGUGUUUAACUAUUUUCAUUCAUCUUUUUGAGUUGCGACCAGAUUUUGGUCGGAACAUAUCCCAGGUUUUUGACCGCGGUGGCUGCAAAUGUCGGAAAUUAAAAAGCAGUAAACUGGCUGUACUCAUCCGUAUUACCCGGCGCUGAGUUACUGGUAGUAUAUUCAUUGCAUGAGUAACCAUGCAUGCACAUUAGUAUGUACAUGCACGCUCACUUAACUCUACGGUGUUAAUACAUACUGUUGUUACAGUAGUCGCUCAAUUAUGAAGUGUAAUUUAAUUUCGUAUAUAUUGUAUUUCGUCAUUCUGCAGGACUUUAAAUUUGUAAAUACUUCAAAGUUGAUAGUUUUGCUUGUCGAUGGAUUUCGCUGGGACUAUCUAGAUGCCCCGGAUUUACAAUUAGUGGGAUUUUCGAGGUUGAUGAACACAGGGACUAGGGCGGAGUGGCUGGUUCCCGCCUUCCCGACAAACUCUCUGCCAAACUACAAAUCACUGGAAACAGGUCUUUAUGUGGAAAGUCAUGGUGUUGUUGGAAACUUUAUUUACGAUAGUAAGUAUGGAGAUAAGCUGGAGUACAUGCUUGAUAAUGAUUCUAAAUGGUGGACAGAGAAAGACUCGUUCUUCGUCACUGCUGAGAGACAGGGAAUUAGAACAGGCUUGUUCAAUAUGGGCGGUUGUUACCUGCAUUUCAACGGCGUAAACGUAACAUAUUGUUUACCUUAUCAAGAUGCCAGUACGGUCAAAGAAUCGCAGGACGCCACCAUGGAUGCAGUUCGUCGAAUACACAACGGUGACAUUGAUAUCGCAUAUAUAUUACACGCAGAUGUUGAUGUUGUUGGUCAUUCGUCCGGACCUGGUUCACUGCAGUUAAAACAAGCAAUUAAGGAUACAGAUGACCUUAUUGCAAACGUGCUUGAUUAUUUAGAAACCAAUAAACUAAGUGACGUUGACAUGAUUGUUGUAUCGGACCAUGGAAUGGCCAGUGUGAAUGAGACAAACAUUAUUGAUUUAAACAAUGUGUUGGAUAUGGACGACAUUGACGAGAUUUUAGAAAGUGGCUCAGUGGCGCAAAUUUGGCCGAAAAUUGGACGAGAAACGAAAAUCUACGAAUCACUGAAAGGUUUCCACGAGCAUCUCAAAGUAUACAACAGGAAAGAUAUUCUUGAACGAUGGUUUUUCAAGCAACACAAGUUUAUACCUCCAAUUUUUGUAACUGCGGAUUCGAACUGGUGCAUCAUCCAUCCAACGUCAGGAAACCACAAGGGGACCAGGACUAUACACACGUUCAGUGCAAAUCAUGGUUUUGACAACAAUGAUAAAGAUAUGAGAGGCGUCUUUCUAGCUUCUGGGCCAGAUUUCAAGCAAGGAUACACAACCAGUCCAGUUUCCAUAGUAGAUGUCUAUCAGUUGAUAUGUCACGUGACUGGCAUCAAACCCAUGCCGAACAAUGGCACGUGGGCACGGGUUGAAUCCAUGCUGAAAGAACACCACCUUGAACUUUAAUGUAAAGUAAGUGCCAGAAGAAAAGAUCUGUGAUAAUUACAUACAUAUAUCCAUGGUACAUGUACAAGAAGCUCUUUGGUGUGUGUAUGUUGUGCGGGGGCGGGGGGAGUAUAUUUUUUCCAUGUAAUGUAUUUAGUUACUUUCCAGCCGAGUUCAAAUCUAACUGUCCAGCCAACGAUCAGAUUUGCCUAAUUAAAUAGAAAAAAAAAUACACAUAAUAAUUGUGUGUAUUUAUAUAUUUCCCAAGAUAGUACCAGUGGGGAAAAAACUACAGCAAAUAAGUAUUAGAUGAAAGUGAAAGUAGAACUAUCAAAUCGUUGCCCAUAUUACCUAGACUGGUAAGUUAGACACACACAAGAAACUAUGCGAAAAUCUAUUUUUGAAAAAAGACUGGACGUCUUCAGGGUUUCUACAAAAUGAGGAACUGGCAUUCGAUGUUAAUAUUACAAACUAAAUUAUUAUUUUCAAGCUUGAAAACUUAAGCAAUAAAAUUUCAAAUGAGGGGAGGCAGCUAAAGUUUACAUAACCCUGUAGGGUUUCAAAGUUUUGUACUCUAGUCAGACCAGUACCUCAACUUCUCCGAGAGGACUGACUUAUGGUAAAAUGUCCAAGGCCUCUUUCGUAAGAGAGGUCUUUAACUAAAGGUAUACGAUUUGUUCUGUCCAUACCACAGAAAAAAAGAGAAAAUGUUUAAUUAAUAAAUAUUUUUAUAAAGAAGAGGUAUGUUAAAAUUAAGUGUUGUUGUCAAGCUCAAAUGAAGAACAACUGAAUGACUUAGCAUGUUUUAUAAACUGCCUUGAAAACGAAUAGGAUUAUACUUUCGAGAAGGCAUAAUGUUUAUAGGCCUAUAUUAUCUUGAUGUGUGCCUAACAAGAAAUGUAACUGUGCCCUUUUUCCCCGGCCAAUUUCUUUUUGAUGAAUCUCCAUUUAGUAACAAAAUUAUUCACGUCUGUAACUUUCACUGAAAUAGUAUAUGCAAUGUAUUUGUUAAAAUACGAUUUAUAUAAGAUAUAUUUUAGAAUGAUAUAAGUUACUUUCUUAUAAGCCGCACCUUCUUUACUUUGUUAGAU